CUUACAUACCGAAUGGUAGGGACAAAAGUGAGCUGUCUGGUGUUUUCGGCAGUGUUGACACUGAUAUAAACUCUUAAAAACAGAAAAUGUCGGCGGUUUGUUUCGCUCUGAGUCGAAAUGUUUUGGCUAUCCGGGGUCCUAGCUCUAUGGUGAUGGUGCGGUACGCUCAGACUGCUGCUGCUCCAGCUCCUGAACCCAGGAUCAAGAAGUUCCAGAUUUACCGCUGGGACCCUGACACUGCAGGAGACAAACCACGAAUGCAAACAUAUGAAAUUGAUCUCAAUACCUGUGGCCCCAUGGUUCUGGACGCUCUGAUCAAGAUCAAGAAUGAGAUUGACCCCACACUCACAUUCAGACGCUCCUGCAGAGAGGGUAUCUGCGGUUCAUGUGCAAUGAACAUUAAUGGAGGCAACACACUGGCAUGUUUGAACAAAAUCGACACCAACAUGAGCAAACCGACAAAAAUCUACCCACUUCCACACAUGUAUGUGGUCAAAGAUCUGGUGCCUGAUAUGAGUAACUUCUAUGCGCAGUACAAAUCCAUCGAGCCCUACCUGAAGAAGAAGGAUGAGACUCAGGAAGGAAAAAGUCAGUACUUCCAGUCGGUGGAGGAUAGACAGAAACUGGACGGCCUGUACGAGUGCAUCCUGUGUGCCUGCUGCAGCACCAGCUGUCCCAGUUACUGGUGGAACGGAGACAAAUACCUGGGACCUGCUGUCCUCAUGCAGGCCUACAGGUGGAUGAUCGACUCCCGUGAUGAAUUCACUGAAGAGCGUCUGUCAAAGCUUCAGGACCCUUUCUCUCUCUACCGCUGCCACACCAUCAUGAACUGCACUAAGACUUGUCCCAAGGGACUGAAUCCAGGAAAGGCCAUUGCAGAAAUCAAGAAAAUGAUGGCGACGUACAAAGAGAAGAAAGCUGCAACUUCAUGAAAACUGGAAGAUCCUGUUCUCUUAAAUCCACUAAUAUUAUCAUGAACUGAGUUAGGAGGAAGAGAAGAGCCGAUAAUAGAGCUCUUUCAUCUAUCAGCACCUUUUAGGAUUCUCAUGUAUGUGUGAAAUGUGAGUGUGUGGAUGUGUGUGAGUUGGAUUGUAUGAAGGAGAAGAGACGUGAAAGUGUGCUAGAAAGAGCUGCUAAGCUUCAUAUUUUAAACGACGCAACAUGUUGGACCACAUUUCUGCUGCAAGUCUGUACAGUAAAGAGACAAAGCUCUGCUGUAUUUACUCUUUGGAAGAAGCUCAUUGACUUGUAUUCAGACUGUAAAUAUUUAAGUAUGUGUUCAUUAAAAUGUGCUGUGCUCACUGUAGAUUGCUGU